UAUCGAUCUUGGCGACCUAUCGCUUUGUGAACUUUUUUGUGUUUACGUUUCGUUCUGACGUUAUCACGUCCAUUCACCCACCUUUUUAUGAAACUUCAUUAUAAUGGCAGUGUUUAGUAAUAAUUCAUCUCUUCAAUACAUCAUCAUUUGUUCAAUUUCAACCUUGUAUGCCAGAUGACACCUCACUCACAGGUCUAGCUCUCCCGUUUGUACGCUUAAGCUUUUCAACUGAUUCUUUAGUUUUCAUGGCAUACCUACAUCGACAGUAACCUCCUUCAAUUUUUGGAGGCUGGUCACUUAAUCCAGGCAUGGAAUCAUUUGGUCCCAGGGGAAGUAAAAAAUUCCCCACAGAAUUUGCUAAUUGUUUUGAUGAGCAAAAUGAACCGAUGUCCAUGAAGUCCGAGUCGAAGAUCCAGCCGGACAAAAUCCAUCAAGACUCUAUCAUAUCAAUUGAUAACGAUGAUGAAACUCUGGUUUUCAAACAAUACGACCUAUUUAUUCAUGGGUUUUCACAGAUGGAAGAAAUUCGCAGGCAAGGGAAGCUCUGUGAUGUCACAUUGCAGGUAGAAGAUCAGUUGUUCACUGCGCAUCGAAUAGUUUUGGCCGCUACAAUACCUUAUUUUCAAGGCAUGUUUAUGCAUGAUAUGCUAGAGAGCAAACAGAAAAUCAUCACCAUCAGGGAAAUAGACGCUGUAGCCGUGGAAGCGUUAGUCAAUUUUGCCUACACUGGACGAGUCACUAUAGCUACUCACAAUGUACAGUCUCUUAUGGUUGGAGCUUCAUUUUUUCAACUCUCUCAUGUGAGGAAAGCCUGUGCUGAUUUCCUAGAAAAAAGGUUUAACCCUCACAAUGUCUUAGGCAUCCGCUCGUUUGCUGACACCUUAGACUGCGGCUCUCUGAAAGAUGCAGCUGAAAAAUAUAUCCAACAGUAUUUCCAUGAGGUGUCAUUGUCAGAAGAAUUUCUUGCACUCGGUCUUCCUGAAAUAAUUGAUCUAGUGAAAAGAGAUGAGCUUUAUGUAUCAUCUGAGGAGCAGGUCUUUGAGGCUGUCAUGAAAUGGGUGAACAGAGAUAGUUUAACUCGCAGCGAGCAUUUAGCCAAAUUAUUGACUCUAGUUCGUUUACCAUUGCUCACUCCUCAGUAUCUCUCCGAUCGUGUGUCAAAAGAAGAGCUAAUACGAUUUUCACACGAGUGCCGAGAUUUAUUAGACGAAGCUAGAGAUUAUCAUUUAAUGCCUGAGAGACGGCCCAUGCUGCAGAGAUUCCGUACUGCUGCCAGAUGCUGCAACUAUAUAAUUGGACAGAUCUUCGCUGUUGGUGGACUUGGCAAAACAGGUGACUCCUUAAGCACUGUCGAGGUGUUUGAUCCAAUCAGUGGUCGGUGGCACAUGGCUCAAGCAAUGAAAAUGCUGCGAAGUCGAGUGGGCGUGGCUGUUCUCAAAAACAGACUGUACGCUUUCGGUGGUUACAAUGGUGUUGAGCGGUUAUCAACCGUAGAGGUGUUCGACCCUGUCCAACGAGCAUGGAACAAAGUUGCAUCAAUGCAUUGCAAAAGAAGUGCGGUUGGCGCAGCGGCCUUAGCCGAUCAGUUAUAUGUUUGUGGAGGUUAUGAUGGCCUUUCGUCUCUGAACACAGUAGAAUGCUACACACCGGAGAAAAAUUGCUGGACAGUUGUACAAAGCAUGCAGAAACACCGUAGCGCAGGAGGUGUCCUCGCUUUUGAUGGCUACAUUUAUGCAUUAGGAGGUCACGAUGGACUUCAAAUUUUUGAUUCAGUAGAAAGGUACAGUCCGAUUCUAGGAACUUGGUCGUCUGUCAAACCGAUGCUUACGAAAAGGUGUCGCCUUGGAGCAACAGUUCUCAAUGGCAAACUGUACGUUUGUGGUGGGUAUGAUGGUCAGACGUUCCUCCAAUCAGCAGAGGUGUAUGAUCCAAAAACUGAUGAGUGGAAGUUCAUUGCUCCGAUGAAUGUAAUGAGGAGCAGAGUAGCGCUCGUCGCAAACAUAGGCAAGCUGUGGGCAGUUGGCGGCUACGAUGGUAUUUACAAUUUGCCAACGGUGGAAGUCUACGAUCCAGCGACGGAUUCUUGGUCGUUUGUGGCACCUAUGUGUGCUCAUGAAGGAGGCGUCGGGGUUGGUGUCCUUCCUCUCUAUCCAAAAUGUCUUGGGGCCGAUUAACGACCGUCGCACUCUAAAAUGAUAUCCAGAGUUGCCACCGAGACAGGGUGCUUGCUGAAAAUCCCGUCUCUGAUGAUCGCUCAGCUCAGUGUGGUUCUACGGAGGCUGCAGAGGAAAGCUGUGCUCAGUUUGGAUAUGUUAGCUCUUGAGAUUGGUUUGAGCAAGUAACAACCAUGGAAUGAAGUCUAUUCCUGAGAUCCCUCGGGACCAAGCUGUUCAUGGACAUCCACAAGUUCAUGAAUCCCUUCAUUGAGUUAAUUCGUCCCUAAGAAUUUAUCAACAUAUCUAUAGCUGUAUCGAGCUUCUCAACACAGACAACCAUACCAUACAAAGUGCAAUUGAUUACAAUCCUUAAGCGCUAUAACUUUGGUUCUCUCAUCAAUUUCUCAAGUAGAAAACGAUUUGCACAGUGAAAAUUACUGAAAGUAACUCUUAACAACCUCUGUUAGUUGGCCUCCUAUGGUGUAGUGGUUGUAGCGCUAGUUCUAUGAUCGGGAGGUCCUGGGGUCGAUUUUCGGCCAGGCGUCCCGAGUUUGAUGGUCCAAACAAUGGUUGCCUGGGACUGGUUGCCUGGGACGGAGAGGGGACGGGACUAAAGCGCAAGGAUUAGCCCUUGUGGGCUAUUUGAAGGAGUAAAAAAAAAAAAAAAGUUUUAUGAUGCAUAGAUUUAAACUCUCUCCUCACAAGAAACACCAUAAUCUCCUUAAGUAUUAACUCGAAAAUAUUCAAUUAAUUCCUCUGGUCUCUCUACUUACUCUCUUUGCGAUUUAUGGAACACUAAAUAUUACCUUGACAGUCUUUGCAGUUUGAAAGUAUUACAACCAUAAUACUGGCGCUUUGGCCCAGCUAUCGCACGUUGCCUACACUUAGCAAAACACAUGGUAGGGUAGAACCACUGCUCGUCUGAAAAACCUGCUUAAACCGUUGUAAAGCACGAUUUGACUCAAGUAGACUUAUGUUUUUCUUGUGAAUGAGAAAUUCAAAUUAUUUGUAACCAAUGCUAGGUAAAAACGUUGUCAUCUUUGCUAGGAGUUAGUAUCAGUUAUUUCCAUUGUGCCCAUUGCGUUCUGCGUGAAAUUUGGAAGAGACAGCAUUUAUCAAAAUGCUUGAAUUUGUACCUUGUUGGUGGUCCAUUGUGUUUCAUUGGGAGUGGCUCUUCACCUCAAUUUUCAAAAUAUGAAGUUAAAAAAACCAUUCCAAAGAAACAUGCAUGCGUUACUACUACUCUAUUUUCUAGUAACAUUACUCUAUAUAAAGCUGCCGCACCGGCUCACUCUGCCCCCCCCCCUCCCCCCUAGAGAAAAAUUGGCCGAAGCGAUUUCCAUUAAACUUGGUACUCGCACAGGUUCAAUCCUGUCGCAUGACGUCACAACAUUAUAGACGAAAUUUCAGGUUUUAGGUGGUAUUUUUCGAAGGAUUUUCGUGAAAAUUGGGAUGGUGGGUACUUUUCUAUGGGAAAUUCUAAUUUUUGGUCAGAUUUUCAAAAUUCCCAAAAUCCAAGAUUUCGGCCGUGGCCAAAAGGGCGAAGAUGAUAUCUUCUCAUUACUAUUAUUAUUUUAAAAGUUAAUAACUAUGAGGGGCGACUCGCUCUGAGCGAGUCGCAAGUUCUUUGCGAAGCGAGGGCACUCCCCAGCUAGGCAUGACAGCUUGCACAGCAAGCUGAACAUGGCUAGUUAAAUACAUAAAGCCACUGCACUGAGAUUUCAUCAACUUUUUACAAAAAAACUGUCAGAGCGAUUUCCUUCAAACUUGGCAAGAAUGAAGCUAAAAAACCACCUUUACAUGCCUGAAAAAUUAAAUUUAAAAAAAAUUUAUAAUAUAAAAAUUUUAAAAUCCAAAAUGGCGGCCGUGUCCCAAAAUGCUAAGUCAGCUCCUGUUCGAUCGAUUCUCAUGAAACUCGGCAUCUGGGGGUAUUUUCGACGGGAAACUCGAAUUUAAGGUAGGAUUUUCAAAAUUCCUAAAUCCAAGAUGGCGGCUGUGGCCAAAGUGGCGAAGAUGUUAUCUUCUCAUUAUUUUUAUUAUUUUAAAAGUUAAUAUCUAAGAGGGGUAGCUCGCAGAGCGAGUCGCAAUUUCAUCGCGAAGCGAGGAACCGGGGGUCUAGGGGCACUCCCCAGCUAGGUGUGAUAGCUCGCACAGCGAGCUGAACAUGGCUAGUACAUACUAUGCACUUACUACUAAUCUCUUUUUUCUACUUACUAAGGUGUUUAAAUGCAUGCAUUGCACUCUGGACAGUGCAUUGGGCCCACUAUCAUAUCAGUGCGUAUUUAUUUGAAAUCAAUUUUUAUACUUUUAGGUUUGCGAGUGUUAUAAUGGGAUGGAUUCAAAUGGAAUCUUUUGCUUUUCUCGGUAUCUAAUUUUCUCUCAUGUUUCAUUUUAUAAGAAAGGUUGAAAGGUCUGUUAACUUUUCAAGACUUUGUCUCUGAUUACGAAGAAUGUUUUCACCAAAUUUCAAGUUUCCAUGUCGCUUGUCUUUUCUGUUUAAAAAGAAAAACAUCAGAGAAAAUUAGGCGAUGUUUGAUAAAGUCAGGCUGACUACGGUUAUAUGGGCUCAAUCAUGGAAUUUGUUUUCCUAAUUUUUUUGGCCCAUUUUUUGGUGAUUAAUGAAUGAUAGGAGAGGGGCUUGUUGUAAGGGAAAUUUGGACUGCAUUUUGCAAUUUGGACCUAUAAAUUCUGGCUCAUCUGAAUAAACACUUAUGUGCCUAGGGAAACUAAUGGCACGUACGUUGUUUUUAAACCGGCCCGGCAUUUAUAGUUCCUAAUUGCAAAAUAUAGUCCAUUUAAUGAAUAAGGGACCAAUAUUGAGUUGCGUAAGAUUACCCCCAUGAUUGUGAUUUUCCUCCGAAUCUGUAUCCUGCAAUUUACCUUGUUAACCAGUUGUAAUAAUUUUUUUAUGGCUUGAUUCAUUUUUAUUCCUAUCUACCUCUCCUCUAAAUAUUGUUGUUACUGAACGAGGAUAGCCUGUGUAUACUUUCCUCUAUGCUUUUUUUUCAUGAAGUAGCCAAAAUCAUUUCACUUUGAAUUUUAAUGAGAAAUUCUGAGGCAAAAAUGUUGGUUUUAUUUUAAAUUUUGUUUCAUCGUGAUUGCUAUUUAAAAUGGCUCGUUGCAACAGAGUGUAUGUCCAUUGUCUGCCUCAAAGUUGCCGGCAAUAGUUUAUUCUGUUGUUUUACUGGGAUGCAAAUUUGUCCGAAAAUCUAUAUGAUUUUUACGAAUUGCUAAAAAAUCUCCCCACCGUUUUUAGACUGAUUUAUUUUUGGCGAUAGAGUAGUGAAUGUAACAUUCGACGUACUUCAAGCUAAAGAAUUGACUUGCACCACUCAGCAAGAAAUUUAUUAAUUCUUAAUGCCCUAAGAAAAGCCUUUCUUUUGUAGAUCAUGAACAACUUAUUUUAAGCAUCUCUUGCAAACUACUUAAGAAUGGGUCACAUUCUUUAAUGUUCGGGAAUGUAAUGUUUAUUGAUUUCUGUAUACUAGUCAGUUUAAUUAAAAGAAGAGUUUUAACUUGUUAUGAGUA